AUGCCGGGAAAAAUCUUUAUUCGCCUACUCCAAUUAACAGUUUUACCUGUUAUCGCUGCUAACAUUAUUGUUGAAUUCCCUAUUCUAGUAAUGGCAAGAAUGGAUCUUAAAGAAAACGGGAAAAUCGGUCUCGCCACGAUCGGGUAUGUUUUGGCAUUCGAUCUUCUGAGUGGGGUUAUUGGAGUAACAACUGCGGCUCUUAUCAAACCAGGAUUGUCAACUUCACUGGCAGUGAAUGGAAGUGAAAUCCUCGGGAAGAAUGAGGCCCCGGUUACAACUUCUGAUGUAUUCGCCGAUCUGUUGCUAAUUUUAGCAUCUUCUAAUCGAUUUCAGACGAAAACUAUACGAGUUUGGACCUAUUUUCCCGCUAAAAAUGCAACAGAAACAGUUCAGACCCGUCUUGAAUCUACAAACAUGAUUGGUCUAAUUUUCACGUCUAUUGCAUUCGGAAUCGCCGCUAGAAGUGCUAAAGAAAACGGCAAAGUUUUCGUGGAUUUCUUCGACUCCCUGGGAAAUGUCGUACUCAUUCUUAUGCGAUGGUUCUUGCUUUGUUUGAAUUUGGACUGGAUUUCACGGAGGCAGUUUAAAUGUAGGGCCACGCCAGUAGGGGUGUGUUUUAUGAUCGCCGGUGCGGUGAUUGACUUAAAGGAUAUUGCUGGAACCUUCCAAGGCCUCGGCCUCUUCAUGGGAUCUGUGUUGGUGGCACUUGCGAUUCAUAUGCUCCUUCAAAUGGUUGUCUACACUCUUGCCUCAUUUCGUAAUCCUUUCCGACUCAUAAUCAUGGGAUUCAAGGCUUUCUUCCUCUCAUUCAUCACUACUGCUCCCGUCGUGGCGAUUCCUGAGAUGCUAGAAACGUGUGACCGCUAUGGAAUUGACCAGAAAGUCAGUAGAUUCGCAAUUCCCUUCUCGGCGGCUCUGAAAGGCGACGGCUCGGGGGUGUUCCAAGCUGUGGCCUGUGUAUUCAUCGCGCAGCAUACUGGAUAUGACAUUACAAUUGGAACUUACGUUAUAAUUGCUUUACUGGUUGGAUUUGCGACUUUGGCCAUUCCGAGCGUUCCGAGUGCAGCUAUCGUCAUUAUUAUCACCAUCCUAUCUUCUAUUGGUGUGAGCACAACUGAAGUGUCCUUACUAUUUGCUGUGGAGUGGAUCAUGUAA